GAGCCGCGCUGCAGUGAGCAUCGCUCAAUAAUUCGCUCAAAAAAAUUCGGCAUAGCUUAACAGGUAGUGCGCGUGUGGAACUGCAAAAUUUGAAAUCUUGUGCGUGCGUGUUGUUUGUGUGGAAUAAUAACAAUAAAAUAUAAAGGAAAAGCAAAUUUUCCAAAGCAAUUUACUACAGUGGUGUGUGGUGCCGCUAAAAAUAGCAAACGAACCAACAAGGGACACGCGCGGUUUUCAGCUUAUCACAAAGAGUCCAAAAAGACGAUACAUAAUGCCAGUGAAGAAGAUACUGCAGCGGUGUAGGCCCGUUCCCCUAUACGUGGUCCUGGUGCUAUCAAUUUGCUAUUUUAUCCUCCAAUUGUUACUCAGCCAUUGGACCCACGGACUCACUCUCCUGAUGGCCUCCCAUCAUAUGUUGUGUAAUAUUAUAGCUCUCGGCGGCUGCAUUAUCACAAUUAAGCAUAGUAAACAGAAACCAGAGGCAAAGGAUCCGCCUCCCAUUCAGACCAAGGCCAUUGGCAAUGGAACCGCCGGUGUGGUUGUCAACCUAACUGAAGCGGAGGCCCAGACCAAGGCCAAGCGAGAGUGCCGGGAACAGAAGCUACGCAAUACUUUUGGCUGGGCCAGGAUAGAUAUUCUGACCAUGCUGAUAGUAUUCAUUAUCCUGGCUUCCUUAUCCUUCUCACUGGUGGUGGAGGCCCUGCAAACACUGGUCCACAUCGAUCAUCAGGAUACAAUGCAUCUACCCAUUCCCGUGAUGAUGCUGGGUUUCGUGGGCUUGAUUCUGAAUGGACUAACAUAUCUGCUGAUUGGCGGAUACACGUUGCAUCAGGGUAGUUUCCUGCACUUGACUCCCGGUGGCAAUGUGGUGCUCGAGCGUCCUAUGUCCAGCAAUAUGGACGUAUCCCUCACUCCCAUGCAAAGGCAGUUGAGUAAGUCUCGGAACGAUCGGCAGUUGCGAGAGGAAUUGGAGACGGAGGUGGGCAGUGUUUACUUUGCGACCAAACGUCAGGGAGCCGUGGAAAUGCUUCGCGAUGUCUCUAGUACCAUCUUUGUGAUUGUGUGUGCGGCAAUUGUCUAUGUGGCGGAGGAUGAGGAGCACACGGCCAAGUUUAUAGAUCCUGUUCUCUCCAUUUUCUCCUGUGUUCUGCUGGUCUCGCUCAGUUAUCCCUACAUGAAGGAAUCCUGUCUGAUCCUAUUGCAGACCAUACCCGGCUCCAUCGAUAUGGAGAACUUCGAGCGGACUCUUGUGAGCAAAUUCCCGGAAAUUAUUAGCUAUCAUGAUCUUCACAUCUGGCAGUUGGCCGCUCAUAGUUAUGUGGCCACAAUUCACAUCCAGUUCCAAAAUCCCAAGCUCUACCUCAAGAUCAUCGAUCAGGUGCGAUCGUAUUUCCAUGAUCAGGGCAUUAGAGCAGUCACUAUUCAGCCGGAGUUUUAUCCGUCCACCAAUAAAAAUGCCUCCGCAUCGCUAGAAUGCCUGAUGCAAUGCCAGGCGGCGGAAUGUAUUGAAAAGGUUUGCUGUCGCGACUCUCGCGCCGAUCUACGCGAGAUCUGCGAUUCUCCCGAUGGCCGCAAAACAUCAUCCACAUCAUCAUCGCAGACGAAGAGCAAAUCAAAAUCCUGUGCCGAACUGAAUUCCGUGGUUGUGGAGAAGCCUAAAGAACUGAAUGCAGGGCAGCUGAUCGAGGGAUCGAGUCCCAAGGAACUGGCAAAGUCUAUGCCCAAACUGCAACAGACAUCCACUGAAACAGAGGCAGAAGCUGAAGCGGACUGCGGCUUGAGUUCAGCUUCGGCGAAGGGAUCUACUGACAGUCCACCGACGAGAAGCGAAUGAUUCAUCUUCGAUAAUCUAAAACAACUUGAAUCAAGGCUUAACGAUUUUAGCUAGUUCUUAAGUUUAGUGUACGAAUAUUUGCCAUAUCUAUUUUGAGCUCCCUUUUUUUUUAAGAACGAGACGCUUAGAAAGCACUGGUUAAGCUAAUUAUUGUCAUAAGUUUUAAGAAGAGAUGAAAGAAACAAAGAAUAUUUAAAUUUCAGUAUAGCCAUAACCUAAGAUAACAAGUUUCUGAUGUGAAAAGAUGUAUGAAGUAUUCGUAUCAUCAUUCGAAUACUAUUGAUAACGAUUGCCGCGAGUGAACGAAUUUUUGAGAGUUUUCCAAAGAAAAACCGCGCACUCAGGAGUACAAAAACAAAACCUAAGAAUUGUCGGUGCUUGGAACUAAAAAUACAGCGUCUUAUGCACUGACUUCUGUUUUGUGGUUGGGUUUUAAGCCUAAAAAUCUAUGCCCAACCAUGGUAUUAUCAUUUUAUCUUUGUUACUUUUGUAUAACUAAGGACUUUUUUAACCCCCUCAAUAUGUAUAAUAUUUCUUUGUAUUCUUUACAUUUUAAAAUCUUAAUGACAAAUCAAAAAACAAACUUAAUUUUGCCACCAGUGCAUUUAAUUUAACAAAUAAAUUCUUUUUAAGGUAUAUUUACUAUUUGUAUAUGUUGUACUGCGCAUAAGUCUAAGUAAUUUACAACCGAAAGAUUACAAAAAAAUAUAUAUAUGUAUGUAUACAGUUGACGUGUCA